AUGGCAAUGGGUGCAAGUGAGGUUCAGCAAGCUGUAGAAAAUAUUUACUCGUUUGUUCCCACCCUUGUUCUCAAAUCAGCCAUACUCCUCAAUAUUCCUGAUAUCAUCGCAAAUGCAGGCCCCAAUGCAUCCCUCACUCUUGCCCAGGUCGCAGAAAAACUGCCCACUAAAACUCCCAAUCUGCAUUGUCUUUCUCUCAUUCUCAAAUACCUCUCAUUAAGGAGCCUUUUUGUCCAAACCCAGACGGGCGAGAAUCCAAGAGAUGCUCAAUACAGUCUCACUGAUUCUGCGAAGAGGUUUUAUGUUAGGAAGAAUAAUCCAGGAAGCCUUGUGCCACUCCUCCUCAUGCUCACACAUCUGGUGUUAAUGGCGCCAUGGCAGCAUCUUCAUGAAUGUGUGCUUCAAGACUGCAAUGCAUUCGAGAAGGCUCAUGGAAAGGACUUGUGGGCAUACGAGAAGGACGACCCGGCUGUCAACGACGUUUUCAACAAUUCCAUGUCGACGAUUACAAUUCUUCUAAUUGGAAAAAUCCUGAGCGACUACGACGGUUUCAAGGAUGUGAAAAUUUUGGUUGAUGUGGGCGGAGGAAAAGGGACGGCCUUGGCACACAUUGUGAAGGCUUAUCCUCACAUCCAUGGGUUACAAUGGUGA